AUGUUGGCUGUCGUCCAUCGAACGGACAAGAAGAUCGCAACCCUAAUGGCACGUCCUCCUCGCCUGCCGCACCAAUAUUGCGAUGCAGAUCCACCACUUGAUAUUUCGGAUGAGGAUCUGUUUCUCGACAGCCCAGCAAUCAAUUCCGUACUAGCAUCUCUCGAUGGCCAAGGCUGGCAUCGUGAGGCCAGACUUAUGCCCGCAACUGUCACGCGUAUGCGCCAUUUUCUUUCUAUUCUUCGCGAACAGGUUCUCGAACUAUCACUGGGAAGCAAAUUUGCCAGUGAUUAUGGCGACCGUCUUCUGCAAACAUGCCACCUCUAUCAGGGGGUGUGGAAUCAAAUCCCAUUCCGCUUCCACUACGAUCCCACCUGCUGGACCAGUUGCGACGUGAUGGAAUCUCUUGCGCGGAUCCUGAUCCGCUUCGACUACCAAUUCAGAGUCCUGCAUCUCCAACGCAUCCGAUGUAAAGAAAACAAUGCUGCAAUCGGGGACCUGAUGGAUACCUCGCUUCAGGUUCUAUCCAUGAUCAUGGAUCUGGCCAGGAACUACCAGCCGUAUGAAGUCCAAAGACCGUUUCCGUGCAUCUACCUAAGCUACGGUAUCCCCGCCGCCGGGAUUCUAGUCACAGAGCUCUACACCUACGCUCGAGCCAAUCGUCCCCUGCCAGCCUCGACGCCGCGCUCAGAGGUUAUUCGCUUGCUGAGCGUGUUGAUCGAAUGGGUGCGGAGCACGGAGAUGCUGCCCUUGACGACCGCAGUCGAGGCUAGCGAGUUGACCAAGGUAAUAAGUCAACUUCUCGAUGAUACACUGAACCAUCAACAUGGAAUCUCAGUUGAGCAUGCAGCGGAGAACGUCGCUGCUCCAGUGAUUCGAGAUCCAGGGGACUCUUUACCGCAAGGAUUCGGAGAUGGAUUCCAUCUUCCCUCUGAAACACUUGGUGUGGGACUAGCUGGUGAGGAGUUUCUUAGCUGGUUGAACGAGUUGGAUCUGGAUAUGGUUUCCGGGGAAAGGUUUAUAUAA